UCGACAGUUCAUUUUGUCAAGAUAUAUAUACGGAUUUUCGAGAUUCAAUGUCCGCCCCUGAGCCCGCACCGGCAGCAGCUGCAUCCGGCGCAGAGAAGCAUCAUGAGACGCAUCGUGCGGAGCUUGACGUUGCGAAGCUACACUCCCUCCCAUCCGAGCAACAAGACCUCUACUUGUUGACUUUUACCUCUGACCUUGUUCAGUAUGUUUCAGGUCUUACAAAAGAGGAAAUCUCAUCCGAGCAAGUCUUCGUGAAGCAAGAGUUGUUCAUGGUUCUCAACCUCAAGUCGCCUACUAUCACACGGGUUAUCCGCAACAAUCUCGGCAAGUGCUUUGGGGCAAUACUGGGAAGAGGGGACAGAAUUCCACUGUAUGACACAGUGCUUGAAUUACUGGCCCUAGUCAAUGGUGGAAAAGGCGUCGAGCUCAAGACCAAAUUGGCAGCCGCACACUGUUUAGGGGAGGUAUUCGCCAGCGCCGGGGACAGUGCCUAUAGUCAGACGUCUGCAGCCGUAGCUGGACUAUUCAAGCUCCUGAAGGCUAGCAGUAAUCACGCUGGAGCCCGAGGCUUAGUUCUGGCUGCGCUUCGGAAGGUAGUUGGUGGACUUGGUGGACCCAUUGAAGAGCAAGUUGGACGAGAUAUAUGGAAACAAGCACGGAAUGUGGCUUCUACCGACAAGGCCUCACUUGCGCAAAUAAAUGCUUGUCGAUGUCUAGAACAACUCAUAAAAACAACGACCUACUUCGACAACCAGAACGAUUUCGAUAACCUCAAAACCCUGAUUUGGAAAAUUAUCGACAGCUCGACUGCACCUGUGAGACAUGCCGCUGCUUCAUGUUUGGCCCGAGCUCUGGUGAAAAGUUAUUCUCCGCUGGCCGGAACUGAGCUAUCCGCCAAGGCCAAGAAGCAGAAGAGACAAUCGAAAAAGCCACCUCCAAGAAAAGCCGACGAGGACGAGGAUGAACCACCAGAGCCAGAGUCCCCCGUAUCCAAAAAAGCUGAGUCGCGUUUGUCGCUAUCACUUCCCGAUGUUCUAAGCCAACUCUCGUCGCAAUAUGUGCGAAGCUCGACUACUAAUCGAGCUAGAACGGGCAUCGCAGUUUGUUACAAAUAUGUUAUUCGGAACUUAGGCGAGAGCGUCGUCGAAGAACGAUACAGUCAAAUUGCUACACACUUACUACUUGCUCUUCUGAAUCAUCCGACAGUCACAUACAGCCGAUAUCGCCUUCUAAUGACACGGAAGUUUGUAAGGAUUAUCCUUGAGGAUACAAUUGGCCGCGAAAUACUGCGGGAGACCAGUCAACUUAACGCGGCAAACUGGUUGAUUAACGGUAUUUUGAAAGAUUAUCCUCAAGUAAUCCAAGAGAGGCGAGAACCAAGCAAACAUACUCUAACAAGUGCUUUGAGCGCGCUCUCAUCGUUAAUUUCAUCUCUCGGUUCAGCCGUAAAUUCCCUUGGCGAUGCGUGUCGCGAAACCCUAAUUCAAGUCUUGCCUCACCCCAGCUAUACGGUACAGAUCCAGACGGCCCAAUGUCUUCGCAAUUUCGUUCUUGCUUGCCCAAGCCAGCUUAUAUCGUGCGUCACAAUCUGUUCCAAUAGCUUGAAUCGAGAGAUCGGCCAAUUGGCUACUCCGCGUUCAUCAUCUCGGCGAUGUCUAGGACUCGCAAACGGUUUAUCUGCCAUGCUGGGAACUUCUCGCCUACAGCCCCUGUAUGGUUCUGUUGACGUUUUUGCUCGCGUGCUCUCGCAAGCGACCGAUCUUCUCAAAAACAGUGGUAGCUCUGAGCUUCGUGUCGCGAGCACUCAAAUUCAAGUUGCAUGGAUUCUUAUCGGAGGCUUGAUGCCUCUUGGGCCUAGUUUCGUUAAAAUUCAUUUAUCCCAACUCAUGUUGUUGUGGAAAAAUGCUUUGCCUAAACCUUUAGGCAAGGCAAACACGGCUGAGCGAGGAACCCUAGAAACAAGUUUCCUUGCGCAUGUCAGAGAAUGCGCAUUAGGGUCAAUGCUCUCGUUCCUGGAAUUCAACGGUAAACUGAUAACAGUGGAUGGUGCCAGGCGUAUUGGGGCAAUGCUGCAGAAUACAGUCUCCUUCUUGGAUGAUGUGACUUUGCCAAAAACGGGCGAAGACAUAUCACAGCGCCUCUUUCCAUCCCUACAAUUGCAUGACUUUGUGGUCAUGGUUCGUCGCCGUGUUCUCCAAUGUUUCACAAAAUUAGUGAAGCUCAAUCACGCAGGUCAAUCUGAGAUUAUGUCUCAGUCAAGCCUCCUAAGUUUAGCUAUAUCGUCCUUUGCGGAUCCGGAUAUCACUCUUGCUAGCCCAACGGAAACUUCAAUUGCCGCUUCGGCUGGUCAAUUCGAGAGUCUGUGGGAGCUUUGGGAUAAUUUUGGAUUUGGAGUUACUGGACUCGCUCGAGAUUAUGUCAACAAAACGCUUUCCGGGAGACGUGUCGGACGCGAUAGUCCAUGGAUCACCGUUGACUCGAAAGACCAGGAGAUCGACGAUAUUUUGAAUUUCCCCAUCUGCCAAGCAAGUGAAUAUGAUUCCGUGCUUCUCUACAGCAAGCAAGACGGUCAAUCUGCCUUCUAUACCGAUCCUCCCGUAACAGGAGUGGUAAAUACUGCUAUUGAGCUGUUUGCGGUUGCUCUCCCACUCCAACCCCCUAAAGUUCAAGAAAGUAGCGUUGAACAGAUUGCUACUCUUCUUUCAUCAAACAGUCUACAGAGAAACCUGGGUCGGAAGGCUGCCAUGUCAAUUAACAUUGCAGUAGCCCUACUGCAUACCCUCAGGGUCUCAGUGAAGGAAACCACCUCUCUCCAUGGAAAUUUGGAUUCAUCUACAGAGAAGAUAAUCCAGGAGCUUCUGCAGAAAUUCAUUAUGGAACCCGAUGCAAUUGUUAGGACGAUUGGAUUCGAAGCUCUCGGAAGACUUUGUAAUAGCGCUGGAAAUGCCUUCACCAAUGCCCAGAUAAAGUGGCUUGUCGAUACCAUUGUCGAGAAUCGUGAACCAAACGCACGAGCAGGAUGUGCUGCCGCUUUAGGUUGCAUCCACUCCCAGGUUGGUGGUAUGGCUGCAGGAUUCCACUUGAAAACAAUUGUAGGAGUUCUCAUGUCAUUGUGCAAUGAUCCCCAUCCAGUAGUGCAUUUCUGGGCCUUAGAUGGGCUAGAGAGAGUGGCUGAAUCCGCCGGGUUGACAUUUUCCGCCUACACAUCUAGUACUUUGGGUAUGUUGGCUCAACUCUAUAUUGCGGAUUCACACAACGAGGAGGCAGCUUCAUUAGCAACCUCAAACAUUGAGGUCAUAUUCCCAACGACUUUCAUCAUUGCUCGGGCAGUCGAUUCUCUCAUCAAUGUCUUGGGCCCCGAUUUGCAAGACAUUGCGAAGACGCGUAAUCUCAUAUUGACUCUUGUUCGCCAAUUCCAGAUAGAGGAAUCUCCGGCAAUGACUACACAGAGUUCUCGAUGUUUGGACCACCUCACACUAUACGCACCUUCCCACGUGGACUUUGGGGCCUAUGUCAAACGUUUACAAGUCGAAAUCUCAUCGAAGAAUCCAUCGAUGCGCGAGGCAGCAUUUCGUGGGUUAAGUAACCUUAUGAAAAGAGAUGCUGAGUCAGUUAUCAAUACCCCAGAAUCCACUUUAGAGGAUGAUGUCUGGCUUGCCUUUGAUGAUUCACCGGAUAGCAUAUCAUUGCGAAGUUUAGUUCGCAACUGGCUACAACAAACCGGCCUUUCCCACACAGAGCUUUGGAUUCAGCGCUUCCAUAAUGUGCUUACUAAAACUCGGGCUAAGGUAGAUGAUACGCCAAAGAAACCUGUGCGCAUAGCUACCGCUUCAGAGCUUCCAGAUGAUGAAGUAGCUGGCUUUGCUUCUGCUGUUGCCGGUGAACAAGAAGAUGCAGACAAUAGCGCUAGCGCUGGACAAGAGCUACUUAAAUGGCAAACCCGCAAUUUUGCAUUAAGUUGUCUGAGCGAGUUGCUCUCCAUGGUCAAUGACAAAAUACUUCCGGACCAGACUAUUCCCGCAGAGGCAGCUCUUCAGCAGAAUAUCGGCGAUAUCGUCCGGAUGGCUUUCUCUGCUUCGACUGCAAACGUAAUAGAACUAAGAGUUUGGGGUCUUAAAAUUCUUGAUCAGAUUCUUAAGAUGUUUGGGAAAACUCCAGACCCAGAUUUCUCCGAGGCGUCUCUUCUUGAACAAUAUCAAGCACAGAUAGGCUCUGCCUUAACACCGGCAUUUGCAACUGAUUCCUCACCAGACCUAGCAUCAGAAGCAAUCAAUGUGUGUGGCACGUUUGUUGCUACAGGCAUUGUAACAAACGUCGAUCGAAUGGGCAGGAUAUUUAGGCUGCUUGUUGUUGGCUUAGAGAACUUCGCCAAAAACCUGGACGUCACAGAGAUUGGCGAUCUGAAAGGUCUCAACUCGAAUGCGAGAGUUAUGGUUAAGAUGGCACUUUUCUCAGCUUGGGCGCGACUCCAGAUGGCAAGCUUGGAACAACCGUACUUGGUCGAGAUUGUCAAGCCGUACACAGCCAUGCUGACACCACUCUGGUUGUCUUCUCUACAAGAAUUUGCUCGCCUGCGCUUUGAACCCGAUAUUUCAGGCAGUCUAGGUACCCCAUCAUCAGGCAAUCUUGAUGAGGUCUAUGCCGCCCUUAACAGAGAGACUUUGCUUAAUUACUACCAAGAGUCCUGGUUGAACCUAGUUGAUGCCAUCGCAAGUUUAGUUGAAAAAGAUAGUGAUUUUGUGUUCGAUGCUUUGGACGACAAAUCUAAUUUGCAAGAUCAGGAUGAGGAACAAAAAGCCGAGACAAAUGGAGAGGUCUCUCAAGGAAAAGGUGAUAAUAUCAACUACCGUGAUGAGCCAGUCGCCUUCUUUUUCGUCCUUUUUGGUCUUGCAUUUGAGGCUCUAGUGGACCAGUCCGUAUCUCCACUUCAAAGGCUGGGAAUUCUUCAAGCUCUCAAAAAAAUACUUCGACCAACUGUUUCCGGUAAUGCCAUAUAUCAAGACGCAGUAUUCUCUGAAACUAUUGAUACCCUCGACCGCCUUGUUUUGACUGAGGGUUACAACAUUCAAACGGUCAUUGUUGAGACAGCCAGAAAUCUAUCACUCGAUCAUCCAGCGGCUAUAUCCGGUCUAGAUCGCAUUGAAAACCUGUCUGAUGAUAUCGAACAGCUCUUCGAAUUGACAAGAAACAUCAUUCUUGUUUUAGCAGGCUUACUGCCGAAUUUGAGCGAGGCAAGUUCUCGCACUUUCAACGUCAGCUCCGACGAGUCCUUGACCCUUAUACGUCUGGCUCUUUCCUCGUUGGUUGAUGUAGCGGCUGUAUUUCCAGUCAUUAUUCGGCAUGAUCUUCAUGCUUGCAUUUUGCAUAUUUUCAGCACGAUUCUUGCUACCGGCAUCUGCCAAGCUGAGGUUGUUCCCCACGCUCUCCCGAUAUUCCGACGAUUUGUUCAAGGUAUCAGUCCAAGAGAUGCUCCCUUGACUGAUACAGUUUCGUUACAAAUGCGUGGGUGUCUUACACGUUUCCUGACAACACUUACGAUUGCCCAGCGCCGAGAAUCAGAAUCUUCGCUACCCUGUGCCAAAAAUACACUUCUCGCAAUGACUAUAAUUCUUACCACCAAUAGUCAUGUUAUACCGCCCCAAGACCCUUUGGUUUCUAAGGUUCUUGAUGAGUUUUUGGACUGUCUGCAGGAUGUCGGCCUCGCAAGUGUUGCCGCAGGAUGCAUUCGUUCGGUGCUUCUAAAUCCAGGUCCAAGGUCUGCAACAGAUGCAGUCAUUGCACGAUAUCUAUUCCCCAGGCUCAUCGCAUUCAUUGCAGGAGUACCUGAUGAUCGAGGCGAACCACCAAUUGACCCGGAAAACUCGCGUACAGCAAUUGCGCAUACGCUAGUAUUGUUUAUCGGUAACAACGCAGCAGUUCCGAGGUCUCAACUACCGGUGGCAGUUCCCUUAGUCGUGUCAGCUUUACUCGCACGUGCAAAACGUGAUGGGUCGUCUGCAUAUCAGGAAAUCGCCGUUCGUUUCUUAGAGAUAGGCAAGCUAGAUUCUGCCACUUUUCGCGCUGUAGUGGCUGGGAUGGAAGCAGAGCAGAAGAAUCUCGUGGAAGAGAUAUUGCGCUGUAUAGAGACAGGCUCUGCUAACAAGGACCUAGAAUCGGAGGCUGACGGACGUAGGCCUGCACCUACGAUUGCUUUGCGCAUGGACUUUUGAUAGCGUGCGGGACUACUGAUAAAUCUCUAUGAUCAUGACUCGAAGAUGUUGGAAAGUGUAUAUUUGUGUGUGAUAUGCAUCGGUGUUGAUGUACUAGAAUAUAUGAUAAUUACUUUGUCAAAGACCUAUAUUUCAAAUAUUG